CGCGUUCCGUCGACGCCUGAUGACGUCACGCCGCGUUCCUCCUUUCUCUCCAGAGCGUCCGUUUCCCGCGGCGUUUGUCGCGUGCGGCGUCGAAGCGGCGACACUCGGACCGCGUGUUUGUUUCCACGCGAGGAGGAGGAGGAGGGGGGGAGAAUCUAGAGGCGCGUUCACGUCACGGGCGCGCCGGAGGCGGGAAACGAGCGCGCGUCUGUUCGCUUGACGCUGACGUCACUGCCUCCACCGGCCUGUUGUUGCUGCUGCGGAGAUGAACGGCUACUCCGACUACGACUCUGACGGGUACUCGUCCACCGAGGACGCGGACUACGUCCCGUCAGAUGAUCACCUCAGCGAGGACGACGUCAUCGGUGAGUGCGAGCGGGAGGAGCCUCCUGAGCAGCUGGGCGGGAAGAGGAAGGAGGUCGGUGCCAGGAAGAGGAAGAGAGGAGGCCUGAAAGUGGACGAGGACGACGCGGAGGGAGGAGGGGAGGAGGAGUCUCGGCCGCCGCAGGAGGAAGGGGAGGGGCCGGUGCCGGCGGUCCGGGAGGAGGACGACGCCAAACAGAAGAAAAAGUCCGACGACCUCUGGGCCAGUUUCCUGUCCGACGUCGGAACCAGACCCAAAGACCCUCCGCCGGCCCCGCGCCCCGGCACCGCGCCCAAGGAGGAUUCCCCGGCGUUGGCGGCGGCGGCGGCGGCGGCUGCGUUGAGCACAGGAACCAAGGCGUCAGAACCGGCUCAGGUCACCAUCACCAAAGUGUUCGACUUCGCCGGAGAAGAGGUCAGGGUGAACAAAGUGGUGUCAGCGGACUCCAAGGAAGCCCAGAGUUAUCUCAAGAGCCAGAACGCCAAAGCGGAGGAGAGUGGGGACGAGGACGAGGCCCCAUCGCCGGGACAACCAGCUCUCCCUGGCACCAGCGCCAAGCGGCCGGCGGGCAUGUCCAGCAUCUUGGGUCGCAUCGGGUCAAAGAAACUGAAGAUGAGCACGCUGGAGAAGUCGAAGAUGGACUGGGACGCUUUCAAGUCGGAGGAGGGCAUCACCGAGGACCUGGCCAUCCACAACCGGGGCAGAGCGGGGUGAGAGUUCACACCCACAGGUCGCCGUGUUCAAACGUACGAUUGAAUUCUCCCGACCGUUGAUCAUUGACGGCCCUUUAAGACCAAAACAUGUGGUAAAAAACAUGGCGCCAGCAGCGAAGCUCGGACGUCUGUGAGACGGUGAGAAGCUUCGGUCUGGUCGGCCCGCCGGACCUUCUUCCACCGCGCCGCCAAAUGCUGUCUGACAUGAAAACGGUCCGCGGGGCAAAAAGGUCGUGGACCUCUGAUCUGAACAACAACUGAAACUGGUGACGCCGAUAGUGAUGCAUGUUAAUGGAAAUCAAUCCAAACACACUCAGAAGACAACGGAAUUACUGUUUGUUUUGGCAUCAGAGCGGCAGCUGAUUUAACACACGAGACGUAAACUGGAAUAAAUCGCCGUGGUUACUGGGCUGGUUUAAUCCACCUGCCUCUCACAC